CAACGUUGGAUGCCGGCUGCCGUGAAACCCCAAAGAAGAACAAGACUAAGCAGAGGAAGCUAUAACAGCUGGACUCUGUUCGAGUACUUUAAAAAUAACUUUAGCUGGACUUCUACACGCAGUGGAGUCCGGAAUGAACGUGCUGCUGCAGCGGUGGAGCCUCCGGCGGGCGGGGACUUGGAGAGGUUUCCAUGCGACGGCACCUGUGUCAAACUUUGACGUGAGGAAAGUGGAGCUGAUGCCGCUGGAGCAGCGAAGACUCACCUUCGACUCUCACGCCAUGGUGACGGAGCUGGAGAGCAGCGGUUUUGCAAAGUGUCAGGCAGAACUGAUUGUCUCAGCUCUGGUCACUCUGACCACAGCCAACAUGGACAUCGUCUACAAAGACAUGGUGACCAAAUCCCACCAGGAGAUCGCUGUGCAGCAGAUCAUGGCUCACCUGGACUCCAUCAGGAAGGACAUGGUGAUCCUGGAGAAGAGCGAGUUCGCCAACCUCCGAUCGGAAAACGCUACAAUGAAGAGAGAACUGGAACAGCUACAACACCGACUGAAAGAAGAGAGCGAGAAAGUCAGAGCAGAGACCAAACUCGACAUCAACCUCGAGAGAAGUAGGAUCUCUGACAUGUUUACUGAACAGGAGAAGAAGCUGAUGGAGGCCAGUACAGACUUCUACCACAGGAAAGCCGACCUGGAAAACGACAACAUGGAGAUCAACAAGAAGAUUGACCUGCAGGUGGCCUCGCUCAAAACUGUUCUGGAGUCCCUCAAACUGGAGACGGUCCGCUACCUCGCAGCGACAGUGUUCACAUGCCUGGCUAUUGCUCUGGGGGUGUACCGGCUGUGGAGGUGAGGGAUGAACGGGUCAAAACAGGCCACUUUCCUAUAAGGAGAAUCAGUGUCUGACUGCGCUCAAGGUGCUUAUGGUUUAGAUCAAACACCUGCUCCAUCACCUUGUACAAGCAGGUUAAGAAACAGUUUUAAAAUCUGCUUUUUACUUAAAAUGGAUUUAAAAUAAAUUCAAUAAUGGC